AUGGUUACACUUCCCCUCUGUAGUACCCUUCUGUUGGCCUUAAUCCUUCUCAUAAUUUCAACGUACACAUCCAAAAUAGUAACCCCCCCUAGAGGUGCUCACUACAACAAGGUGAUUGCAUCUGUGCAGCAUGGCCUGAAUGGGAGACACUCAUCGCAUUGUGAUAGGAUAAGGGGCCACUCCACUCGUAGGCUGUUCUUUCUAAAAAAGGAGAAACAAAAUGACUCGCAUUUCAAGGGGUUACACAACCUUAAGAGUUGGUUAGAUGGCCUUUUGGGUGAAAUACUGCCUGGUGAGAAUGGCCGUGGUAUGUUCGUAGGGGGGCAGAAAAGGUGGAGGCCGGGGCUGGGCGACGCGCUCGACGGGUUGCUGUACCCUCCCUACGAGGUGCAGAGGGGAGUCAGGUGCUACACGUUCGCGCCGCGCGGUGGGGGGGGAAGCAGUGUGGGUAGCAAAGUGGGUAGCAGUAUGGGCAGCAAUGUGGGUAGCAAUGUGGGUAGCAAAGUGGGUAGCAGUAUGGGCAGCAAUGUGGGUAGCAAUCUGGGCAGCCGCGUGAGCAGUAGUGUGGACAGCCGCGUGGGCAGUGAUAUGGACAGCAAUCUGGGCAGCCGCGUGGGAAGUAAUGUUGACAAACGCGUGGACGCUGGGCGCGACGGCCCCGCCCAAAUCGAGCGGUACAUCACCCGGCAGCUGAUACGUUUAGCGAGCGAAUUGAUGAGGAUACAGAGCGGGUGGGAAAAAGACAGAGCGGAGGAAAAUUCCAAAGCGAGCAGCAGCCUUAGCGGAAAGACUAACAACUGCGUGAAGUGGAAUUUUUACCUGAACAGGAAGAAUGCCCCUUUAAAAUGCUUCGUCUACGUGGAUGUGCCAGAAGGAACGGUGAUGUUAAAACCAGAAAAGGUAGAGGACAAAAAAAAAAAAAAGUUUUUAAUUUCAAUCAAUGCUUUAAAUGAUAUCAGAAGGAAUAAUAAAGAGAUACUAAAAAAUAUUUAUUUUAAAAAAUAUAAAAUAACUUUUGAUAACAUAUAUCGAAAUAGCAAUUUCGUAACUCUACUGGUUAGCAGAUUUAUUGACCACCCUUACCUCCUCAAUGUGUUUUCUUUUUUUUCUUUAACAUCUUGUGGCUACCUUCUGACUGAUGUGUUUUGCCAAGGGGUGUUGCAUUUAUUAAGUAGCGAAAUCAUUUGGAACCCCCUCGUAUACAACGUCUGGUGCAACGUAUAUCACACGACUUUGCCUUUGAAACUUUAUUUGGCCAAACAGACCUACUCCUACGGAAAAGUCGCCUUCGAUUUUUUUGUUAACUAUGUAAGAUCAAAAUUGAUUAGGUUGGAAACGUCGUUAAUCAAUUCUUCGCUGAAACGGAAGGUGGAAUUGGACUGUCGAGAGGAAAACAGGUAUGACGAUAAGACGUUUUCCAUUUCGACUGAGUGUGACAUUUCGGAUGAGGAAGAAGAGGACUUCACGUACAUUUGA